AUGUCUCUGACUGUAGCGGAUGAGGUAGCCCUGCAGCGUUCGGCCCACUGGAAGGCUUCCAGAGCGCUGGCCAAUCAGAAGGAAUCACGACGUGUCACUGAUGUUCGGCUUGUUCUGUUUCAGAUCUCCAGAAAAGACUUUGAUGGAUUCAAGAAGCUCUUCCACAGAUUUCUGCAGGUCAAAGGUCCCUCGGUCGACUGGGCCAGAAUCAACCGACCGCCGGAGGACUCGAUUCAGCCGUAUGAAAGGAUCAGGUCGAAGGGUCUCCCCGACAACAUCAGUGCCAGCCUCAACAAGUUGGCUGUGGUCAAACUGAACGGGGGUCUGGGAACCAGCAUGGGCUGUAAGGGUCCGAAGAGUCUGAUCAGCGUCCGCAACGAGAACACCUUCCUGGACCUGACGGUGCAGCAGAUCGAGCAUCUGAACAAAACUUUCAACGCCGACGUGCCGCUCGUCCUCAUGAACUCCUUCAACACCGACGACGACACCAAGAAGAUCCUGCAGAAAUACAAACACCACCGAGUCAACAUCCACACCUUCAACCAGAGCAGGUAUCCGAGGAUCAAUAAAGAGUCUCUGCUGCCGGUCGCUAAAAACACGGGCCUGAGCGGAGAGAACUCGGAGGCGUGGUACCCGCCGGGUCACGGAGACAUCUACACCAGCUUCCAUAACUGCGGCCUGCUGGACAAACUGAUCGCCGAGGGGAAGGAGUACAUCUUCGUGUCCAACAUCGACAACUUGGGCGCCACCGUGGACCUCUUCAUCCUGCACCACCUGAUGAGCCAGCCGGCCGACAGACGCUGCGAGUUCAUCAUGGAGGUCACCGACAAGACCCGCGCCGACGUCAAGGGCGGGACUCUGAUCCAGUACGAGGACCACCUGAGGCUGCUGGAGAUCGCUCAGGUUCCGAAGGCGCACGUCGACGAGUUCAAGUCGGUCACCAAGUUCAAGAUCUUCAACACCAACAACCUGUGGAUCUCUCUGCCCGCCAUCAAGCGGCUGCAGGAGAAGAACGCCAUGGACCUGGAGAUCAUCGUCAACCCCAAGACGCUGGACGGCGGUUUGAACGUCAUCCAGCUGGAGACGGCGGUGGGCGCCGCCAUCAAGAGCUUCAACAACGCCAUGGGGGUGAAUGUGCCGCGUAGCCGCUUCCUGCCGGUGAAGACGUCAUCCGACCUUCUGCUGGUGAUGUCCAACCUGUACAGCCUGGACGCCGGCUCACUCACCAUGAGCAAGAAGAGGGAGUUCCCCACCACGCCGCACGUCAAGCUGGGCAGCUCCUUCACCAAGGUUCAGGAGUUUCUGCACCGGUUUGAGAGCAUCCCCGACAUGUUGGAGCUCGACCACCUCACCGUGUCCGGAGACGUCACCUUCGGGAAGAACGUCUCUCUGAAGGGAACCGUCAUCAUCAUAGCGAAUCACGGAGACCGGAUCGAUAUCCCCGCCGGAGCGAUGCUGGAGAACAAGAUCGUUUCAGGAAACCUGCGGAUCCUCGACCACUGAGGCCUUCUGGGAAAAAAAAACAGCCAACCAAACAAAGAAGCCAUUUGCACCUUGAAGAGACGAACUGACGAACUGUCACAGAUCGUCUUCAGUCAACAUCCUCGUCCUCUCUGCAGACGUUCAUGUGGAAACUUUCUGUUACUGAGAACAACCGCUGCAAAGUCUGAGUCGACUGUUUUCUGAUGUGUAUUAAAGAAGUGCAGCAUGGGUCAA